AACUUGUAUUGACAUCAAAAGACAUUAUUACAUUAUAUAAAGCUUAAAAUAUUAUUAAAACUGCAGCGCUGCCUAUUUCCACCAUUGAAAUCUGCUGCUCGAAAGAACCCUGAAGCGCGGUUUCCUGCGAUGUGACGUCAGAGUAAUUUCUUCAACAGACCUUUUUCACACUCCGGGUUUUGGAACGAGGAAGUACACGUUUGCAGGGUAAACUUCGACAGGAGUGAAUGGGAGACCACAGCAAAUAUUAUUUUCACUUACCCAUUUGCUCCAAGACCAAAAGAAAACCCCCCACUAUAACGUUUGAAUGACUUUCCAAAAGAAAGGGGAAAAAAUAAUAAUAAGAGUGGUGGAUUAAGACAGAUGUGAGAAGAUGCAAAAUUUACUGUGACUCUCUCAGCAGCUGUAAUAGAAACCCCCUCGCAGCUGUGGUAAUUCGUUUUUUAAAACUAAUUCCAGGGCAAUAUAACUAUAAUGUUAUAAACUUACAAUAUUUAAAAAAUAUAUUAUAUAAAAAAGUUUGCUAGAUUUAUGCUGCUAAAUAAGGCGGAAACGCGUCAUCAUUCUGUGAAAAAUGUCAAUUAGAAGGGCUUGGACGCUCCAAUAAAAUAAAAACUUAGAAGGGCUUGGACUCAGCUCUGUAAACGGAAGAAGGUCCGUCACUAGGACUGCUCGACUCUACACUCGACCUUAUGAUAUCUCAGGACAGGACUCUGUUUCUAACAGUCAGUUCUAGAAACUACUAUAUGAUUGUAAGUCCAUUCAGAAUGCCUGGCUCACUCCCUACAAUUCGCGAAGCCACUUGGCCUAAAGAUGUGGGAAUCAUUGCGAUGGAGGUGUACAUGCCCUCUCAGUAUGUGGACCAAUCAGAGCUAGAGGAGUUUGAUGGAGUGGGAGCCGGUAAAUACACCAUCGGGCUGGGGCAGGCACGAAUGGGCUUCUGCUCGGACCGCGAGGACAUUAACUCUCUGUGCCUGACGGUCGUGCAGAGGUUAAUGGAGAAAAAUGGCCUGUCGUACGAUAGUGUGGGGAGACUGGAGGUGGGCACAGAGACCAUCAUUGAUAAGUCCAAGUCUGUGAAGACUGUCCUGAUGCAGCUGUUUGAGGAGUCGGGCAACACUGAUGUGGAGGGAGUGGACACCACUAACGCAUGCUACGGAGGAACAGCUGCUCUCUUCAAUGCUGUUAACUGGGUGGACUCCAGCUCCUGGGACGGUCGGUAUGCCCUGGUAGUUGCUGGUGAUAUUGCUGUGUAUGCCACGGGCAGCGCCAGGCCAACAGGAGGGGCUGGAGCUGUGGCCAUGUUAGUCGGACCAAACGCCCCUUUGGCCUUCGACAGAGGGCUUCGUGGGACACAUAUGCAGCAUGCAUAUGAUUUUUAUAAGCCAGAUAUGGUGUCAGAGUAUCCAGUGGUGGACGGCAAGCUCUCCAUCCAGUGUUACCUCAGCGCAUUAGAUCGAUGCUACUCUGUCUACAGGAACAAAAUCCAUGCCCAGUGGCAGAGAGAGGGUCUCAACAGGCGUUUUAGUCUUGAAGAGUUUGGCUUCAUGGUGUUCCACUCUCCUUACUGCAAACUGGUGCAGAAGUCUCUGGCUCGUCUAAUGCUCAAUGAUUUCCUCUCUCAUCCUAGUCCAAACACAGAGAGCGGCCCCUUUAGCGGACUGGAAGCUUUCAGGGAUGUAAAGGUUGAGGACACUUAUUUCGACCAAGAUGUGGAGAAGGCCUUUAUGAAAGCCAGCUCAGAAAUGUUUGAGCAGAAAACACGGGCGUCUCUCCUCAUAUCAAACCAGAAUGGCAACAUGUACACACCAUCAGUGUACGGCUGCUUGGCAUCGGUGCUCGCACAACACACACCACAGCAGUUGGCAGGACAGAGAAUUGGUGUGUUUUCUUACGGCUCAGGCUUUGCUGCGACACUCUACUCCAUCAGAGUCACACAAGACGCUACACCCGGCUCUGCAUUGGAUAAACUGGUAUCCAGCCUAUGCGACCUGCAGGCCAUAUUGGACUCCAGAAAGAAGGUUUCACCCACUGUAUUUGCUGAGAACAUGAAGCUCAGAGAAGAAACCCACCAUUUAGCAAACUACAUCCCGCAAGGCUCUGUUGAUGAGCUGUUCCCAGGAACAUGGUACCUCACUCGGGUGGAUGAAAAGCAUCGUAGGCAGUAUGCCAGACGCUCGAUGAAUGGUGAUAGGCCUCUGGAGGCCGGACUGGUCAAUUCCAGCAUUGCAACGGAGCAUAUUCCCAGCCCUCUGAAGAAGAUGCCCCGCAUCCCUACUUCCACAGCUGGCCCUGAGGUCGUCGUCAUUAGUAACGGGGAUCAUUAAGUUGACCUCUAUGAGGUGCACAUAAUGACAGGUCACAAUGAGGACACAUGAUCUGUAAAAGAAACAAGCAAAAAAGGGGCCCCAGAACUGUUGCUGCCAUUUGCUAAAAGGCAUAUCAGUGAAUGGUAUGAAACACAAAUGCAUUUUAAAUGUUCCAGAACUGGAUUUGUUUGACCAUCACUGUGGUUAAGAUGGCAGAGGGAGAUUUUGGAAAUUAAGUGUUGGUACAUGGAAAUGUUUCUCUGUUUGCUGCUCAGAUUUGUCUAUGCAGAUAUCCUAAAUUGUUUAACAGUUUAAAGUUCAAAAAUCUGCCUGUUGGCAUUUCACAAGCUCCAUGUUUUCUUUUGUUAGCAUUAAGCGAAUCUAAACUUUUUAAAACAGACAUUUUGGGGGGGCCUGGGUAGCUGAGCGAGUAUUGAUGCUGACUACCACCCCUGGAGUCGCGAGUUCGAAUCCAGGGUGUGCUGAGUGACUCCAGCCAGCUCUCCUAAGCAACCAAAUUGGCCCGGUUGCUAGGGAGAGUAGAGUCACAUGGGGUAAUUUCCUUGUGGUCGCGAUUAGUGUUUCUCGCUCUCAAUGGGGCGCGUGGUAAGUUGUGUGUGAAUUGCGGAGAGUAGCAUGUGCCUCCACAUGCUGUGAGUCGCCGCGGUGUCAUGCACUGCGAGCCAUGUGAUAAGAUGCGCAGAUUGACUGUAUCAAAAGUGAAGGCAACUGAGACAUCCUCCGCCACCCGGAUUGAGAUGAGUAACCGUGCCACCAUGAGGACCUAGUAAGUACUGUAGUGGGAAUUGGGCAUGCCAAAUUGGGGAGAAAAGGGGAGAAAAUUAAAAAUUAAAAAAAACAACCAGACGUUUUAGGAUCAGCAAGUACAAGAGGGUUUGAGCAUCAUAACACAGAUGCCUUAAAAGAACGUGCAUCCCUCACUGUUUUUAAUUGAUCGAAAAGCUGCUGUUUUCUCGCUUCUCACAUCUGUUUUAUUAUGUCCCAAUCAGCUGUCAGAAUAUCUCUGUUUUUUGCUAAAUCCUUCUAUUAUAAAACACCUUUUGUUGUCUUAUCAACAUGGCCAUGUGAGGGAAGUGUGCCUGGAUUACAUAUUAAUGAGCCAUAAACUUAUAUAAGUUUUAUAGAUUUUUAAUUAUACAGUAAUGAUUGUUUAGUUGUUACUAAACUGACUUGUAUAAGCAAACGAUUAGCACUUAUCUCUAGUGAAACGAGGAUGAUUAGAUUGUCAUUCUAGCAUAUGUAGAUGGUCUUCAUUUACUUUAUAUAAACUUGAACCAGGAAAUAAAGUAUUGCGUCUUUGAUUAUUGCUAGUGGAUAAUAACUUGAGUGUUAUUUUAGUGGAAAUACAUUAAAAACUAUUAAAUGAUGAGUUGAAUGUGUCCAUCAGUCACACUGGUAACAACUUUUGGACAACAGACAGUUUUAGUGAUUAAAGUGAGGUAGAGCACCAUCAGAUUGUCACGUCAGCUGUUGGUAUUUCAGAAAAUCUGUUGAAACGUUCACCCACAUUUUCACCCACAGUUAUUGUUGCAGCUUAUUGAUUAACAGUUCAUUUCAAAUUUGCAGUAUGGCAGAAAAGAAAUUGGUAAUACUACAAUAUUGUGAAACUUGGCACCUCAUUCAUGUUAAAGGGCUUAAAGCAAGUGUCAGUUCGACAGCUAGAUGGUCAAAGCAUUUCCUCUAGAACCUCAAUCACAUCUACAGUAUGUCUAUGUUGAUAUCUGGAAAAAAAAUAAAGUGCUUCUGGUUUAACUGCAAAUCCAUGAACUUUAAGAAGCUUUAUUGUAAGCAUGUACAAAACACAAAGCAUGUUUCUAACAUGAAACAGCAAAUGUUUACAAGAAGAUUCCCUGAUAUCAGUUAAUAAGACCAAGUACUGGUUAGGAAUGAACAGCACUUACUGUAAAAUUAUUUAUAUUUGUAGAAAUAAAAGUGGAAGACAAGCUGUAGAGACAGUACAUCACACAAUGAUUGUGGGAAUCUAGUAAUAUAUGAACUGAGAAUUAAAUGGUAAUUUUCUCAUGGUGUAUCUGUUUAUUAAUAAUUUAUUUUAUUUUUUGACUCUGUUAAUUAUUGCAAAUGAAAAAAAAAAAAAAAAAAUCAAACCCCAAGGACUGUGGAUUAUGUACAAAACUGAGUGAUGGUGUCCAGUUGUGCCCAGACUCAGGGAUUGCCCUUAGGUUAUUAUAUAUACUUUGGUUAAAUAAUUGAUGAGAAAAUAUGGGGCAGAAGUAAGGGAGAAAUUGCCCAGGAUGCUUGAGGAUCAAACUAAUACUCCCUGCCAAUAAUUACUGGAUAUAAGUGGCUGCUAAAAUUUGAUAUUUAAUGUUGAAAAUAUUAUUUUAAUGUUGACAUUGACUAAUGACCAUUACCUGUUAGUCAGUAUGGGCAAUGGCCAAAAAAAUUGCUUAAUCUUUUUCUCUUUGACAUGAACAGUCAUUUAGCAACUAUUAUUAUUAUUAUUUUUAUUUUAUUUUAUUUAUUUUUUAUUUUCAGAAAUGCUUCUGGAAGCUACUGUAUAUUCAUUCAAAUUUCAUAUUCAUAGGUUUUUAAAUGAGCAUAAUGACCAGCAAUUCACAAUUUAUAUUACUGGCAAAUUAAAUUAGAAUUUUGUUAAUUUGUCAAGACUUAGGGAUAUUAGGUAUAUUCAUGCGGUUUAGCCAGAGGGGAUCUAGCUCCCCCAGCUGAGCCUGGUUUCCCCCAUGGUUAUUUAUACAUAACAUCUUAUGAAGUUUUGUGUUCCUUGCCACAGUCACCUUUGGUUUGCUCACUGGGGGGUCUUAAGACAAAUACUAUUUUUAAUGCAUAAUCUAGUCACAUUUUUCAUAAAAAUGCACAGUGAUGACUUUAAAACAUUACAGAAAUUACAGCUUCAUUUUCUGUUACAGCAUAUUUUUCUGUAAAGCUGCUUUGAAAUGGUGAUGUUAAAAAUGCUAUAUAAAUAAAAAUGACUUGAUUUGGUACAAUGGGGAUAAAGGCAAAUGACUAAAUUUGCCACUUAGGGAAAUGUGCUUUUUUCAAUAUGUCUCAAAUAUAUAUACAGUAUUGGCCAAAAAUAUUGGCAAAUAAAGAAGCCUGUGAAAAAUA